AUGGCGGCCAAGACUCAGAACAACCACUCUCCUUUUGCUCGCAUCUCCCGCCUCAUCCGCAGCGGCCCGUCUUCACCACUCGCCCGCGAGCCCGACGCCGAACCAGUCGACCAAGAAGACUGGUACAUCCCCUACAACGGCCCGUACGAGCCACCCCGCGGGAUGCCUGACGGAGUCGUACAGAGGGAUAGCUGGGGGAAUCUAGUCAGUGGUUGGCUGGCGGAGGACCCGCUGGCGAAGAAGGAAGACCGGUACGCCCGCAUGAACCGUGAUCGUGCAAAGUCCGACGCUGCUGCUCUCACUUCUUCGUCUGGGAACGCAGCAUCUACUGCACGUAGUCGAGCCUUCUCUACGACACGUAGCGUCCCCAGGCCCAGUGUCAACUCGAUCAUCCACCUAGACCAGGCAGGAGGCGUUGGAGAGGCUCCGGUGCCUAUGCGGGAGCAGCAGGAAACUCAGCCGAAGACGACGGAGACAACGCGCCAUAGCCUUGCAAGUAUCCUUACGUUGGGCACACGGCGAGGUCUGACCAUUAGACACUCUGCCUCGGCGGGCCAAUUGACGCGUCAGGCGUCGGCGGGUAGCGCGGAGCACCAUGCGUCGCCGCAGACGGAGAACGCGCAGGGGUCGAUGUUCCUGCGCCGCCAUCCGUACGCCUUCCCAUUCUCUACCACCGCCACCAGCUCUUCCCCGCCUCGCGUCCCCUCUCCUACUACGUCUCCCGCCCGGCGUUCCCCGCCGUCCAAAAUCAGAGUGACGCCGCAGCCCUCUCGUACCCUCCCGCCGCCUCCCGCCUUCCUGCGGCCCACGCCGCGCAACCGCCUGAGCAUCCGGGGCUCCAUCUCCACCCCCAACCUGCGAAAUCCUCAGUCUACCUCCCAACAUCGCUCUCCCGCUCCACCCACGUCGAUCCCCAAGGGGAAACAACGUUGGUUAUCUCCGGAGACAUGGUGCGACGCGCUGAUCUUGCCUCGCCCGCGAUUCGCCAUUCGUGUAGACCCAGGUGGCGGAAGUGGUCGAAUUGUCAGUCCCCCGGGCAGUCCGGUUCUGCCCAACACCAUCACCUACUAUCAAUCCCGUGCAGAGAAGGAGCCCACGACAGGAUCAUCCCAUGGGCUGGACACUGGUGUUACCGCUGAUAGCCACGAACCUUUGUUGACGGCGCAGAGCACAAGACCGUUGGCGAGCCCGCCUGCAGCAGAACCUAUUGCAGGGCCCUCGCGAGUGACGGUGGAGGAACAGAGGCAAGCAGUGGGCGUUGGACGUAGUAGCGGAGAUAGACAUGGUGCGGGUAUAAGUAAGGCGCCGACGAGUUUCAAGCCGCCAAGACCAAAGAGCUUCGCACUGGACGAUCUGGCACUGCCCAGUCCAGUGCCCUCACUGACGAAGGUCCUCGAGGAGGGCAGGCAGCUCGAAGCCGAUCGCCAGGCGUGGCAGUCGCAGGCGACACGCUCGUUCCAAAACAAGCGUGCCCGGUCCGUGUCGCGGGCCCGCGCAAAGACGCUCAGCACCACGCACCGUCCCCCGCGCGAGGGGCGCACGUCCGCCAUGGACGUCCUCGCGCAGCGCACGCUGCUCGGGAACCAGUCGCGUCCGCCGACGGUGCAUGUCCGGCUGCACGAGUCUAGGUCGCAGAUGUUCAGGUCAUCAGAGGAGCACGGUACGACGACGUUCACCAGCGGUGGCGUCGGCGUCAGUACGUUCACGUCGCACUCGCACUCGCAUGGCCCCGCGCGCUCACACGCACACUCUAACUCGGUUGGGACUGCGACGUCCUCGCAUGGGCACACGGAAGAGUCGUUCAUGUGGACCGGCUCGGGCGCGGGCCACCACCAGCGGUCGCACUCACUGGGUAAGUCGGCGCUCCGGCUUGUCAAGAACACAGCGUCGACGGCGGCGGGCUUCUGUGGCUUCUCGAGUGCAGAACGGGUGGUCGAGGGCGGGAUAGAGAUGGUUGGCACGCCGAUGGACGAGCAGGCGGGUGCCUCGGACAUGCGGGACGGCGCGUUGCGGCGGCAGGACACGCGUGGGCACAGGCUGCAAGACCAGGCGCGGCGCGAUGCGAACAACGAGAGCGUUGUGCUCAUCACCCCAGCGUCUCCUCCCGAUCACGGCCCUGCGCAAACACUCCGCAUAGGGCCCGGCGGCGCGAAGGGGCUAUCGCCCGUGCCAUCUGCGAUGUCAAGCUCCGGGGAGAGCCCCGUCGGUAUUGCCAUAUCGACGCCUACGCCCUCAGAUGAGCAGGCCAGACAACACUAUGGUGGUCGUGAGCGUCUAAGGCUCCCCGCGCAUCCGUACGCGCAAGGGGCUACUUUCCCUGUGCGUUCGUCGUCUCCAGAGCCUGAGAGAUUCGCAGCGCGCCCCACGGAUGCUCAGCAGGAGAAAGUAGUUGGUGAAGAUGGCUCUGAACGACAUCGGCAGCCGGUGCUCGUUCACCCGUACGCGCCGUUUGCUCAGACGAGCCAUCCGUACGCCUCGGUUCCGCCGGCGUGGGGAAGACAAGAUGCCCCACAGGUCCCUGCGCAGCCCACUGUCACUGUGGAUGGUCCGACGGAUGAAGAUGGCCAGGAGAUCGAGAUCCCCGCGGACACAACGAGCAGUAUGUUCGCGGAGCUUACUCCGGGCCAUAUUCGGGAGAUUCAGCCAGAACAACUGCGGUACUCGCCGUUCAUUAUGGUACACCCUGUGGAGCAACAGAAGGCGGGCAGCCUUGGCGCCGCCGCGAGGUCUCACCCAUAUGUCGCACAGUCUAGGCGCAUGAGCGAGUGGGGCUUUGCGGAUGCCUUGACUGAGACGUUGAGGGAUAGAGGGAGCGUCGAUAGCGGUCUGGGGACAAGCGAAAGCUUGGAGCACCUACGGGACACGGACCGGCCAGCUCAGCGCGCAGUCAAUUUGGACGACCUGCCUCCCGUUCCGCUCGAGGAUCCCUCUGAGCGGCUGCGCCCCGGCAUGGGCCGCCGAGAAGCGACGUAUUCGUCCUCAAAUCAUACGUUGGCUUCGUCGCCCAUGGAGUCCGUCAACCCGCCGUCAUUCCGCAUACAGCCUACCGAGCGACUCACGGCCAACGGUAAUUCGUCUGGUUCGUCUCCCGGUAUGAUCUCGCACGACUCUUCGCCGCCGCUUUCCCCGCGUUCACUCAACGCGACUGAUGAUCUCGAACGCUUCCGUGACCUCUUCUACCAGCCUCCGCCCAGACCGCCAACACCCGAGGAAGCUCACAGUGAGGGCUUCCGCCAUCCAACCGUUCCAUCGCGGCAGCCGAGUAGCAAUGUCAGCACGCGGAGUGUCAGUGGCCUGACAACCCUGGCUCGUCAACUUGUGGACGAUUUCGAAGAGCUGCGCCAACCAUCGUUUGAUUCCAUGGAAGAACCGGAUUCGUCGUCCCCUAUGUGGGGCAGGCGGUUUGGGGGACUUCGUGGACAGCGUCCGGACGAUGCUGUACCUGACCCGAAUGUGGUGCUGUCUGGGCCAUCGUCUGUACGGAGUACACCCCCUGAGGCCUCGUCCCCUCCCCUGCGUUUCCCGAUCGACCGGAAUGCGUCCCUAGCGCAGCCCACGAUCAACGUACCAGAGGAUGUCGAGGAGGCCUCGCGGGCCUCUUCGUUUAUUGAGUAUGCACCUCAACAAGAGUCAGAUAGCCACAUGCGUGUCGGCAGUGUGGAAGCUCUGUCAACACCUGCUCUCCUCACCAGUCCACAGCGUUCGUCCACCCGGCUUUCCUUCGUGAACUUCAGGGACAAGGAGGAGCGCUCUAGUCAAGACGUUGCCGUUCCGCGUGUUCGUUCCGCCUACUCCAGUCUCGGUGCCCCUAUAUCCGACGCGGCUCGUUCGAGUGUCAUGACGUCCGGAACGGGCAUGUCCAGGAUGUCUGGGCUCUCUGACUUCCCAGUGCCCCCGACCGACGUCAGCCCAGAUCAGAUGUCCGUGCUCGAUUCCUAUUUCGACGAUUCUCGGGAUUCGCAUCAGUUCACUGGUUAUCUUUCUCCUCGGCGCCCAGGAGUUUUAGUUCGGGAGCCUAGUACCACCACUUUCGGAGGUCAAAGCGAAAUCGGACAGGCACUUUGA